AUGGGCUCCAUUUCCCCCUUCAACAUCGCCGUACCGGAUUCGCAGCUCAAACAACUCAACGAGAAACUCGAAGCAGCAAAAUUCCCCGAUGAACUGGACGAAGCUGGCUGGGACAUGGGUGUUCCACUCGCUGAGAUGAAGCGCCUGGUCACAACAUGGCGUGAGAACUUUGACUGGCGCGCCCAAGAAAAGAAGUUGAACGAGCAGCUCAACCAGUUCAUAGUCGCCAUUCGUGUGGAUGGCUUUGGUGAACUCGAUAUCCAUGUCGUGCAUCAUCAGAGUGGGAGUCCACGCGCUAUUCCUCUCUUGUUUAUUCACGGAUGGCCGGGAAGCUUCCUCGAAGCUACGAAAUUAAUCCCACUGCUUUUGAAGGGCGAUGAUGGUCCAGCCUUUGAUGUUGUGGUACCUUCAUUGCCUAACUAUGGUUUCUCACAGGGUGUGCAGAUGAGAGGAUUUGGUCUAGCUCAGUAUGCCGAGACUAUGCACAAGGUGAUGAUCACCCUAGGGUAUGAAGAAUACGUCAUCCAGGGAGGAGACUGGGGAAGCAUGAUCGCCCGCACCAUGGCACAGUACUACAGCAGGCACAUCCAAGCCAUCCACCUUAACUUCAUCCCCGUGAUACCCCCUUUCCCAUGGCGGAAUCCUCUCCGAUUCCUUUGUUCCCUAGCAAGCGUGCCUUUCUCUGCUAAGGACCGGAGGGCUAUCGGCCGCACCGUGGACUAUGCUCUCAAUGGCAGUGCGUACAUGAAGCAGCAAGAGACCCGGCCGCAGACAUUAGGGUAUGGCCUGCAUGACAGCCCAGUGGCGCUUCUCGCGUGGAUUUACGACAAAUUACAUUUGUGGUCAGAUAACUACCAAUGGACAGAUGACGAGAUCCUGACCUGGAUCAGCGUGUACUAUUUCUCGCGGGCUGGGCCGACAGCAUCGACUCGGAUCUACCAUGAAGGCUCGGCAUCGAAGCCUGAAAGUAAGGACACCGGGGGUGAUAGCAAGCAGGAGAUGAUUACGAACUGGAUGACUCUUUCUGAGGUGCUGUCGGCUUCUGCGCAAUAUAAUGUGCGGUUUGCUGUCGCGCAGUUCAAGGGAGAGAUUAUCCAGUGGCCUAUUACUUGGUACCGUUCGAUUGGAAAUGUGGUGCAGGAGAAGGAGUUUGAGCGUGGUGGCCAUUUUGCUGCUUGGGAGGUGCCCGAAGUACUGGCGGGUGAUGUGAAAGCAUUCCUGGGCAGGGAUGGGCCAGCCUACGAGGCGGUCCAGGGUAAAGAUGGCUAUUGA